ACCAAUCUGAAAACCUUCACUAAACAGUAUAAGAAGAUCGAAGAUCGAAGAUCCAUUAGAUCACAAACGCUAAUCAUGAAUCCCCUUCAAGAAUUUGACUCCACAUCAGACACAGACAACAAAGCCAUAAACACCACGGAAAACACAGUAGCGAACAGUUCCAAUUUCACACCCUUGUUGUCUUCAGCAUCAUCAUCAUCACCACCACAACCACAACCAUCAUCCACCACCAGUACUCUCAGUCGCUAUGAGAAUCAGAAACGCCGUGACUGGAACACCUUUGGCCAGUACCUUAGAAACCACAGACCACCACUUUCUCUCUCUCGAUGCAGUGGUGCUCAUGUCCUUGAAUUCCUCAGAUACCUUGACCAGUUUGGGAAAACUAAGGUUCACACACAUGUUUGUCCCUUCUUUGGACAUCCAAACCCACCAGCACCAUGUCCUUGUCCUCUAAGACAAGCAUGGGGUAGCCUUGAUGCUCUCAUAGGUCGCUUGAGAGCUGCUUUUGAAGAGAAUGGUGGAAAACCUGAAGCUAACCCUUUUGGUGCUCGUGCUGUUAGGCUCUAUCUUCGUGAAGUGCGUGAUUCACAAGCCAAAGCUAGAGGAAUUAGCUACGAGAAAAAGAAGCGCAAACGUCCCCAAUCUGCAUUGCCACCAUCAAAUGCAAGUUAAAUUAAUUAAACUUGUGAUUUGACACUGGGACAAUGGAAUAUGGGGACACCAUUAUUUGGAAUUUGAUUAGAAAAUUAAUGUGUAACCUAAAAAACAGUCUUAAUGUAAUUUAAGCUGGCAAUAGUGGUAAGAGUGAGAAGACUG